UAGUGAGUUCGAACACAAAUACAAACAACUCAAAAAUCAUGGACAGAUGUGAUGAAUAUGUGGAGUAUUACAAACAUCUCAUGUUAAUAUUGCGAUUGAAACAAAAGGAGCUUCUUAAGGAUUAUGUUUGUCAAGAUACGAUUAUGAUGCUAGCGAUCGUUGGAGUGGUUAUCGGUGGGGUGCUAGGAGGGCCUGGAGGAGCUGUCGUCGGAGCAAUCAUAGGUUACAUUUAUGGUAGGUAUGUUCAUUAUUCCUACAGUGAACUUCAAAAGAAAAUUAGAAACCAAACCAACAGCAAGAAAAAGGAGCUAGUACACGCUGUCCAAGCCCUGGUAGGAAGUAACUCUAAGGAGGAACUGGACCUGUACGUGGAGGCUAAAUCGCAGCAAAAACAGCUAAUGGACUGUAUCAUUACAUUUACUUGAACAAUUUCAAGACUGUUUCACAAAAUGUACUUAAAGAAUUCAUAGACUUUAACAAGAAAUUUACUUGAGCAAUUUGUAAACUGUAACACGAAACUAUAUUGUACAUUUAGCAGAUGUGUUCUACUAGUGGCA